AUGGCGAGUGGCGGCGGCGGCGGCGGUGCCGGGCCUGGGGCCGGAGCCGGGGGCCGAGGGAUGAGCGGUGCCCGUUGGGGCCGCGCGGGCCCCACCGCGCAGGAGAAGCUGCCCGUGCACGUAGAGGAUGCCCUCUCCUAUCUGGAUCAGGUGAAGAUCCGAUUUGGGAGUGACCCUGCCACCUACAAUGGUUUCCUGGAGAUCAUGAAAGAGUUCAAGAGCCAAAGCAUUGAUACUCCUGGCGUCAUCAGGCGAGUGUCUCAGCUCUUCCAUGAACACCCUGACCUCAUUGUUGGAUUCAACGCUUUCCUUCCUCUGGGAUACAGGAUAGAAAUCCCAAAGAAUGGCAAGUUAAGCAUUCAGGCCCCGUUGACAAGUCAGGAGAAUUCCCACCAUCACAAUGACUCUACAGAUGACUAUAAGCAGCAGCUGUCGUAUAAGGAAGACAAACAUCAGGGGCCCUUGGAAUCUGAUUCUGUGGAAUUCAACAAUGCUAUAAGCUAUGUGAAUAAAAUCAAAACUCGUUUUCUUGACCACCCAGAAAUCUACAGAUCAUUCUUAGAGAUAUUGCACACUUACCAGAAGGAGCAGCUGAACACUAAAGGACGUCCUUUCCGGGGCAUGUCAGAGGAGGAAGUAUUUACUGAGGUAGCUAAUCUCUUCAGGGGACAGGAGGAUCUACUUUCUGAGUUUGGACAGUUCCUUCCGGAAGCUAAAAGAUCUUUGUUCACAGGAAAUGGACCAUGUGAAAUGAAUAGUGUUCAGAAAAGUGACCAUGAAAAGAAUCUGGAACACAGCAAAAAAAGAUCCAGGCCUCUGCUCCUUCGUCCUGUCACUGGCCCAGCCAAGAAAAAAAUGAAAUUACGAGGGACCAAAGAUCUGUCUGUCGCAGCUGUGGGAAAAUACGGAACUUUGCAAGAAUUCUCUUUCUUUGACAAGGUACGCCGGGUACUAAAAAGCCAAGAAGUGUAUGAAAAUUUCCUCCGCUGCAUUGCUCUCUUCAAUCAGGAGUUGGUGUCUGGCUCAGAGCUCCUGCAGCUGGUCACCCCUUUCUUAGGAAAAUUUCCAGAACUCUUCGCCCAAUUCAAGUCCUUCUUGGGAGUAAAAGAGCUUUCGUUUGCACCACCCAUGAAUGAUCGAUCGGGGGAUGGAAUUGGUCGGGAAAUUGACUACGCAUCUUGCAAGCGCAUAGGAUCUAGUUACCGGGCGCUCCCCAAAACUUACCAACAGCCAAAGUGCAGUGGCAGGACAGCCAUAUGCAAGGAGGUUUUAAAUGAUACCUGGGUGUCCUUUCCAUCCUGGUCUGAAGACUCUACAUUUGUCAGUUCAAAAAAAACUCCAUAUGAGGAGCAGCUGCAUCGUUGUGAAGACGAACGAUUUGAGUUAGAUGUUGUCUUGGAGACCAACCUUGCCACCAUCCGGGUUUUGGAGAGUGUACAGAAAAAGCUCUCCAGAAUGUCUCCAGAAGAUCAGGAAAAAUUCCGAUUAGAUGACUGCCUGGGAGGGACCUCUGAAGUCAUCCAGCGGCGAGCAAUCUACAGAAUUUAUGGUGAUAAAGCCCCAGAAAUCAUUGAAAGUCUGAAGAAGAAUCCAGUGACCGCUGUUCCUGUAGUACUAAAAAGGCUAAAAGCAAAAGAGGAAGAAUGGAGAGAAGCCCAGCAGGGCUUCAAUAAAAUUUGGCGGGAGCAGUAUGAGAAGGCCUAUUUAAAAUCUCUUGACCAUCAGGCUGUUAACUUUAAGCAAAAUGAUACUAAAGCCCUUCGAUCAAAAAGCUUGCUGAAUGAAAUUGAAAGUGUUUAUGAUGAGCAUCAGGAACAACAUUCGGAGGGUCGGAGUGCCCCGACUAAUGAGCCCCACCUUAUUUUUGUCUAUGAAGACAAGCAGAUACUGGAGGACGCAGCUUCACUUAUCAGCUAUUACGUGAAGAGGCAGCCAACGAUCCAGAAAGAAGAUCAAGGCACCAUCCAGCAGAUAGUCCACCACUUUGUGCCCAGCUUGUUCUUUUCCCAGCUCUCAGAUCUUGGUAUUUCUGAAGAGUCAACAGAUGAAGACCGAGAACACAGUCCGGGACAGAAUUUGGAUACCACUGACCUCUGGAAAAAGUCUGCAUCUCUCCCACAGAGCAGCCCUGUGGAUGGAAAGGGUGGCUCGUGUGCUGCUGCUGCUGCUGCUGCUGCAGCCCCUGAGCAGCCUGGGGCCCUGGACGAUGUUUACAGCCUCUUCUUUGCCAACAACAACUGGUAUUUUUUCUUGCGCCUUCACCAGACUCUGUGUUCAAGGCUUUUAAAGAUUUAUCGGCAAGCCCAGAAGCAGCUCUUAGAAUAUCGGACUGAGAAGGAGAGAGAGAAACUCCUCUGUGAAGGGAGGAAGGAGAAAUCCAAUGACCCUGCGAUGGAGCUGCGGCUGAAGCAGCCAAGUGAGGUAGAACUGGAAGAAUAUUACCCAGCAUUUUUGGACAUGGUAAGGAGUUUACUAGAGGGCAACAUCGAUCCUACACAGUAUGAGGACACCCUUCGGGAGAUGUUUACCAUUCAUGCCUACAUUGGCUUCACUAUGGACAAGCUGGUACAGAACAUCGUGCGGCAGCUUCAUCACCUGGUGAGUGAUGACAUCUGUCUAAAAGUGGUGGAACUCUACCUCAAUGAGAAGAAACGAGGCGCGGCAGGAGGGAACUUGUCCUCCCGCUGUGUCCGUGCCGCCAAGGAGACAAGUUACCAGUGGAAGGCAGAACGGUGCAUGGCUGAUGAGAACUGCUUCAAGGUGAUGUUUUCUUCAGAGGAAAGGGCAAGUGAUCAUGACCAUUGAGUUGGCUGGACACAGAAGAGGCCAGACAGAAGAUCCUGUAGAAGUCCAG